AUGAAUAAUAGUGCUAGGGCAUUUACUGCUCCUGGAAAAGCGUUUUUGGCCGGGGGUUACCUCGUACUAGAGCCAAUCUACAAUGCAUAUGUGACAGCUCUUUCUUCAAGAAUGCAUGCGAUUGUUAAAAAUAAUGAUUCAAGUGAAUUACUGUCGUCAACUGUCACUAUUAGCUCUCCCCAAUUCCAAAUGGGUGAAUGGAAAUACGAAAUUGAUAAUAAUGACUUGGUAAAGAUUCCUACAGAAGUGAACCAACGUAAUAACCCGUUUUUGGAGGCUACAGUUCUCACUGUUAUGUCUUAUAUUCAACCAAAGGAAAAGUUCAACCUUGAAAUAACUAUUUUUUCAGAUCCAGGGUAUCACUCACAGGACGACACCACGACUAGAUUAUCAGACAAUAAGACUAAGAAAUUUUUAUAUCAUUCGAAACCAAUUAAUGACGUGGCCAAAACUGGGUUAGGCUCGUCGGCUGGAUUGGUAGCAGUGGUAACCACGGCGUUAAUCUCUGCCUUCAAAGAUGGCAGUAUAAGCGACUUGCAAAACAUAAUACACAAUUGCUCACAGAUUGCUCACUGUUAUGCACAAAAGAAGAUUGGGUCUGGAUUCGAUGUUGCUACAGCCGUCUAUGGAUCCAUUAUAUACCGUAGAUUUGAUCCCGAUUUGAUAAACGAAUUGUUUCAACACGGAUUUUUCAAAUCCCAGGAUGAUGAAGAGUUGAAACAAAGCUUUGCUACUGCCUUAACCGGCCUAGUGGAGUCCAAAUGGGAAUUUAAUAGCACCAGAUGUACCUUGCCUCCAGGCAUAAGAUUAUUAAUGGGUGAUAUCAAGGGUGGAUCCGAAACUCCCAAGUUGGUUUCGAAGGUGUUGAAAUGGAAGAGUGAGAAUGUUCUGCAAAGCUCUGAAUUAUAUAAAUGUCUCAACCAAGCGAAUCUCGACUUCAUUGACGCAUUAUCUGAAUUGCAUCGCUUCUACGUCGAAACACCUGCAACCUACAAAGAAUCUCUUGCUUAUUUGCAGUCCACAAAUGUCGCUGCUCUUUCAAAAGCCGAAUACACUCUGCAGCAACCUGACCCCAAGUUGACCCCAUUUGUCAGUUUAAUCGAGGCCAUUAAAAGAAUAAGAGCAAAUUUGAGAGAUCUAACGGCCUAUUCGGGUGCAGAAAUAGAACCUCAAUCCCAGACCGUGCUUUUGGAUAAUUGUAAUGAGAUCAAAGGGUGUCUUGGUGGUAUGGUCCCGGGAGCUGGGGGCUAUGAUGCUAUAUGUCUAUUGGUCAUUGAAGAUUCAAUUGAUGAAUUUGUGGAUUCAACCAAAGAGGAUAUCAAGUUUGAGAAUGUCGCAUGGUUGAAUUUGCACGAAGAAGAUGAUGGUAUUGUAGAAGAGCAAGUGAAUGACUAUAGUGGCUUGUUAUAG